AUGUCCAUUGCCAGCCGCAAGCUGGACAGAAACGGUUCAAGUCCCUCUUCAGCGAAACCGUUCCAAAUUGGCCACAUGGAGAAGGGGCUGCACGGACCGGGAGAGGGUGAUCGAAGUCAUUGGUACUCUCCAGAAUUUCAGGUUCCGAAUCCAUUCAGUGGUGGACUUCCACGACCGGUGUCACGAAUUGCGGCCUUGGCGAAGAACGAAGGAGGAUAUUUUGCUUAA